UGUCAAAGUCGCGAUGGUUCUUCUCGUACUUUGAUGGGUGUGUACCAUCGUCAUUCCUUUAUCCUUUCUGUUCAUUAGGUCUUGUUUUCUUUUACAAGAUGAGGACGUAUAAGCCGGUUGCGGCCAUAAUCGACCGGAGCUUGCUCGGCGCCCGGUCUGCAGCACCUCGCCGGCUGUUCAGUGUAGAGGGCAGCUUGAGGACGGCGCGCCCUGUUUCUUCCCUCCAAAGUGCUACGCGUUUGGGCCACGAGAGGAGAUGGUUCAGUGAAAGCUCGAGGUUACGUAACUUGAGCGCUGCGCAGCAGGCACUAAAAGCAGCCCAGGAUGCCGCCAAAAACCUCACGGCCGAGACGGUGGCGAAGAGCAUGACCGAUGCGGAAAAGAUGAAGCUGGCACGAGUGCGGAACAUUGGCAUUGCGGCCCACAUCGACAGCGGCAAGACAACAUGUACCGAGCGUGUGCUUUUCUACACGGGACGUAUCAAGGCCAUACACGAAGUUCGAGGCAAAGAUGCUGUGGGCGCCAAGAUGGACUCCAUGGAGCUCGAGAGGGAGCGAGGAAUCACCAUUCAGUCCGCGGCUACUUUUGCGGACUGGACCAAGAAGGAGAACGGCGAGGACGCCACCUACCACCUUAACUUGAUUGACACACCAGGACACAUUGACUUCACCAUUGAGGUCGAGCGGGCUCUCCGAGUCCUCGAUGGUGCCGUCUUGGUUCUGUGUGCGGUCUCAGGUGUCCAGUCCCAGACCAUCACCGUCGAUCGCCAGAUGAAGCGCUAUGAUAUUCCUCGCAUCAGCUUUGUCAACAAGAUGGACCGCAUGGGUGCCAACCCAUUUAAGGCCGUCGAGCAGAUUAACAAGAAGCUCAAGAUUCCCGCCGCUGCCGUUCAGGUGCCUAUCGGUGCCGAGAAGGACUUCGAGGGAGUUGUUGACCUGAUCCACAUGAAGACGAUCCGCACUGAGGGUGCCAGGGGCACAAACGUCAAAGUUUCUAGCCAGAUCCCAGAUGAUGUCAAGGAACUGGCUGAGGAGAAAAGGCAGGAGCUCAUUGAGAAGCUUGCGGAUGUCGACGACGAGAUUGCUGAGAUCUUCCUCGAGGAGCAGACCCCCACUCCUGAACAGAUCAAGGCUGCUAUCAGGAGGGCGACCAUUGCACGAAAGUUUACCCCAGUGUUGAUGGGUUCCGCUCUCGCGGACAAGUGCAUUCAACCCAUGCUUGAUGCCGUCUGUGACUACCUGCCAAACCCAUCUGAGGUCGAGAACGUGGCCCUGGACCGCACCAAGGGCGAGGCUCCCACCGCGCUUAUCCCCUACGAUGCGCUGCCGUUUGUCGGCCUUGCGUUCAAGCUCGAAGAGAACCCGUUUGGUCAGCUUACCUACAUCCGGGUUUACCAAGGCUCGCUCAAGAAGGGCAUGUACCUUUUCAACUCUCGCAACAACAAGAAGAUCCGCAUUCCCCGAAUCGUGCGUAUGCACUCGAACGAGAUGGAGGAUGUUAACGAGAUCGGUGCCGGUGAAAUUUGCGCCGUGUUCGGUGUCGACUGUGCCUCUGGUGACACCUUCACCGACGGCAACCUGCCUUACACCAUGUCCACCAUGUUCGUGCCCGACGCUGUCAUGUCUCUGUCCAUCAAGCCCAAGCGUAGUAGCGACGCCGAUAACUUUUCAAAGGCCAUGAACCGCUUCCAGCGUGAGGAUCCCACCUUCCGUCUGCACGUCGACGAGGAAUCGGAGGAGACCAUCAUUUCUGGUAUGGGUGAGUUGCACCUCGAGGUCUACGUCGAGCGCCUGCGUCGUGAAUACAGGUGCGAGUGCGAGACUGGCCAGCCGCGCGUUGCUUACCGCGAGACCAUCACCCGCCGGGCCGACUAUGACUUCCUUCUCAAGCGCCAGAGCGGUGGCCCUGGUGACUAUGCUCGUGUUGUCGGUUAUAUUGAGCCCAACGACAAGAGCGCUGAGGAGAACUUCUUCGAGGCCCGCGUUGUUGGUGGCAACAUUCCCGACAAGUUCCUCAGCGCUUGCGGCAAAGGCUUCGAGGAAGCCGCACGCAAGGGUCCUCUCCUGGGCCACAGGGUCAUCGGCACAACUAUGAUCGUCAACGAUGGAGCUACCCACGUUACCGACUCUUCCGAUUAUGCCUUCAACCUGGCCACCCAGAUGGCUUUCCGCAAGGCGUUCGUUGACGCCGGCGGCCAGGUCCUGGAGCCGCUGAUGAAGACCACCAUUACUGCGCCCAACGAGUUCCAGGGUUCGGUGCUCAUGCUGAUGAACAAGCGCGGUACGGUCAUCGACACUGAGAUUGGUCCCGAUGACUUCACUCUCAUUGCCGACUGUUCCCUGAACGCCAUGUUCGGCUUUUCCUCGCACCUCCGCGCCGCUACCCAGGGUAAGGGCGAGUUUAACAUGGAGUUCAGCCACUACGCCGCGGCGCCUCCACACCUUCAGAAGGAGCUUGUCGCCAAAUACCAAAAAGAACUCGACUCCAAGCGAACAAAAUAAAAGCGUGAUUCUGAAAACGGAGGUACUCCUGGCUGAGAUGAACUCAUUUUUACUAGAAGGGCACCAUACCCCGAUAGACAUGUACAAACAAAACAUAUGUACAAUAGAGAAAACUAGACCGGGAAUAUGUAACAAUAUCAUGUGGAUGAUCUCUAACCCUUAAAAAGCGCGCAUGUUUACACGUGCUCAAAUAGCUGUUAUGAGCAAAUGAUUUUCUUUUCUACACCUUUUUUGUUGUAAUCCUCGUUUUGUUGAAUCUUACAGUGACUCGAACACCGAAUUUUUUAACCUAAAAGAGAAUUAUAAAACCAAUUAC